CAUCAUCGAUCGCUCACAGGCGGCUCAGUCGAGCAGUGACGUCUUCGAGCGCGUGAAGAUGGCGGAUCCGAAUGCAAAACAAACCGGGCAGAAAAGUGUGAAGAUCGUGGCGGGGGCUGUCGUGUGUGUGGAGAGCGACAUCAGAGGAGACGUGACCAUCGGAGCGAGGACCGUGGUUCACCCGAAGGCGCGGAUCAUCGCAGAGGCCGGACCCAUCGUGAUCGGAGACGGAAACCUGAUCGAGGAGCAGGCCCUGAUCAUCAACAGCUAUCCUGAAAACAUGCUUCCAGACGCCGAGGAUGUCGAACCUAAAACCAUGAGCAUCGGGAUCAAUAACGUCUUUGAAGUCGGCUGCGUGUCUCAGGCCUUGAAAAUCGGGGACAACAACGUGAUUGAAUCCAAAGCUGAGGUCGGGAGGAACGUGAUUUUGACCAGCGGGUGCAUUGUGGGAGCGUGUUGUGCGGUGAACACCUGUGAAGUGAUUCCAGAAAACACUGUGAUCUAUGGCUCCGAGUGUUUGAGACGCGUGCAGACCGAGAGACCGCAGCCUCAAACGCUGCAGCUGGACUUCCUGAUGAAGAUCCUGCCCAAUUACCAUCAUCUGAAGAAGACCGUGAAAGCAAGCUCCACUCCGGCGAGAAGCUGAAAGCAGCGCAGCCGAGGAUCUCCGAUGUAACGAGAUCAUGAGCACAGAUCUGUUUCCUUCGGUCGCUGCAUGCGAUGCUUCUGUAUUAUUGUGUUGUAGGUUGUGCUGUAAGUUAUUGAUGACACAUUAAAUCCUCUUUCACAUGUAGCUGGUGUCUCACUCUCUGUUUCUUGUGUUCUUUCAUUUCUUCUCCACAUGGUGGCGCCAAAGAAGCGAGUUAAUGAA